AUGGCUUCAACAACCACUAGAAUGGUGAAGGGGAUUUUGCUAUUACACCUCUCUCCCACACCCCCCUCCUCUUUGUUCCCCAUUACUCGUAACCUUUCUCGCCCUUUCUUCCUCCUCUCUCUUCAAUCAAAGCGUUCGCACCCCGCCACCGCAAUUCGAUGCGCUUCCUCAGCUUCAGAUUCUGGGAACAAAGUUUCCUCUCGGUUAUCUCAGGUUCAGCAGCUUCUUCGUGAAGCCGAACAUCGAUCUCUCUCCGCCGAUAACGAUGGCCCCAUUCCCAAAAUCAGUUUGGAUCAUGUUACUGUGAGUUUUGCUAGAAGUGGAGGACCCGGGGGUCAGAAUGUCAAUAAAGUGAACACCAAGGUUGACAUGCGGUUCAACGUUGGAAAUGCGUAUUGGCUAAAUGAAAGGGUCAGGGAGAAGAUUUUGCAUAUGGAGAAAAACCGCAUUAACAAGGAUGGAGAGCUUGUGAUUUCUUCAACCAAAACUAGAACACAGAAGGGUAAUAUCGACGAUGCUUUGGCAAAGCUUCAGGAAAUCAUUGAUGCAGCAUCUUAUGUCCCACCACCUCCCUCAGAAGAGCAAAAGAAGAAAAUCGCAAAGUUGGCUGCUAUCGGAGAGCAUAAACGCCUCAAAAGCAAGAAGAAUCUUUUAACUAUUUAUCAUCUUAGGUACAAUAGCACAAUCCCUGAUACAACCAUAAUUGAAUGCAUUCGAAUGGUUGAAGAAAACCAAGGCAAACAACAUUAA